UCCAUAUCUCCUAACCCAACUUGGAAUGUGAACGUGCGCUCUUUCCUCAUUCCACAAGCGCUACAACUUCCACCGACCCUUCCCUUUAUAGCCCCACAGCAACAAACCCUUCUCCUCUAGUUUCUUCUUCUUCUUUUUCAUGUUCUAGAUCUAGGGUUUUUUUAUUUAAAAUUUGAGUAUUUACAAGUAAAAAAAGCGUUACCUUUUAGGUCUCCUCUUAAUUGGAAUUUUGCCUCUAUAAUAGUUUUGAUUUCGAAUUUCCGAUCCGUUUCUAUUUGGUGCUUAUAUUGAACUACUAGAACAAGAUUUUUGGUUUAACGAUGGGGGUUUCCGAUUGUGCUACUACUUUGCCACCGCCAAAGCAGUAUGGGGUGACGAAACCUUUGUCUCUAGCUGGGCCUACGGAGGCUGAUAUUCAGCGUACCAAAGAGUUGGAAAAGUUUUUGGUCGGUGCUGGAUUAUAUGAAAGCGCUGAGGAGGCUGCUAAGAGAGAACUAGUUCUCCGCCAGCUUAAGCAGAUUGUGAAGGAUUGGGUGAAAGAACUUACUCGACUAAGAGGGUACAAUGAUCAGAUGGUUGAGGAUGCAAAUGCUGUCAUUUUAACCUUUGGUUCUUAUCGCCUUGGGGUGCAUGGUCCUGGAGCUGACAUAGACACCUUAUGUGUUGGACCAUCUUAUGUGAAUCGAGAGGAUGACUUCUUCUUUGUAUUGCAUAAUAUUUUGGCGAAGAGGGAAGAAGUUACUGAACUGCAACCAGUUCCAGAUGCACAUGUCCCUGUUAUGAAGUUUAAGUUUGAUGGGAUCUCAAUUGAUCUUCUCUAUGCAAGCAUUUCUCUUUUGGUUGUACCAGAUGAUUUGGACAUAUCCAGUGAAUCCAUGCUAUGCAAUGUUGAUGAACCAACUGUAAGGAGCCUCAAUGGCUGCAGGGUGGCUGAUAAAAUCAUUAAACUUGUUCCAAAUAUUGAGUUUUUUCGGACCACACUUCGGUGUUUAAAGUUUUGGGCUAAGCAGCGUGGUGUUUAUUCAAAUGUAACUGGAUUUCUUGGUGGAGUGAACUGGGCUCUUCUGGUUGCUCGGGUUUGCCAACUCUAUCCAAAUGCUGUUCCGAGUAUGCUGGUUUCUCGUUUCUUUCGUGUAUAUACUCAAUGGCGCUGGCCAAAUCCUGUGAUGCUUUGUCAGAUAGAGGAUAAAGAACUUGGAUUCUCUGUCUGGGAUCCAAGAAAAAAUCCUUGGGACCGUACACAUCAGAUGCCAAUUAUUACACCUGCCUAUCCUUGCAUGAACUCAAGCUACAAUGUCUCUGCAAGUACUCUUCGAGUUAUGACAGAACAAUUUCAAUUCGGUAACAACAUCUGUCAGGAAGUUGAGCUGAAUAAAGCUCAGUGGACUGCACUGUUUGAGCAGUAUCCUUUCUUUGAAAGCUACAAGAACUAUUUGCAAAUUGACAUAGUUGCGGCUGAUGCUGAUGACUUGCUUGUGUGGAGAGGAUGGGUCGAGUCCCGGUUAAGGCAGCUUACGUUGAUGAUAGAGCGGGACACAUAUGGGAAGUUGCAGUGUCAUCCUUAUCCCCAUGAGUAUGUGGACCCCUCCAAACAUUGUGCCCAUCGCGCUUUCUUCAUGGGUCUGCAGAGGAGGUCAGGCGAGUUGGUUCAAGAAGGCCAGCAGUUUGAUAUUCGUGGGACAGUUGAUGAGUUUAGACACCAAAUAAACAUGUAUAUGUAUUGGAAACCGGGAAUGGAAAUGUUGGUCUCCCAUGUUCGUAGAAAGCAGAUUCCCUCUUAUGUUUUACCAGAUGGCUAUAAGCGAAGCCAAAUAGCAAGGGUAAUGAGUGGUCAGCUGGCAGAGAAACCAUCCUGCAACGGUAGUAUAUGCAGGUCAAGAUCUGGAGAAAGAGGGUUGAAAAGGAAAAAAGAGCUUGAAGGUUCAGAAGAGAAGCAACAGAGUCAGGACAAAAGACCAUCGGUUAGCCCUCCAAGAAGGGAUUCACUCUCACCUGAACUUAUUGUUGGUCAGAAAGGUGGCAUGUUCUUACAACAGUGUUCCUCGACAGUUUCUGGAGGGAAGAGAAAGAGUGAUGAAAUUUCAAAUAAUUUCCCCAGUGAUAAGAUGCAGUUUGCUAUUCUGGACAAAGAUGCCUGCGCUGAACCAAUUAAGUCACAAGGAGCACAAUGUGCUCAAAGCGCUGAUGGAUGUGUCCACCGUUCUAGUGGUGUCACAAACCUGGUUGAGGCUGGUACAUGUGAGGAUCCUGCGCAUGAAUUGCUCCAACUCAGCCAUGACGGUCAUCCAGUGGGCAGUACUGGUUGCAUCUCUCUCUAUUCCUCUCGGGGCGACUUAUACAGGGCCGAGUCCAAGUCACUAUCAAAUAAUGUAUGUGAAAAUGGUUCAAGAUCUUUUGGAGAUGCGUUGCUGGAGUUAGAGCCAAGAGCUCCGCGUGGAAUGUUAACAUCACUGGAUAGCAUUGGAUCAGAGCCUGCGCAGAAAUCUUCUAUAAGGCAUGUUUCAUGUUUUGAAAUUUCAUUUGCAUUUAGUUUUAAAUAACAGACUUUGUCUUUAUCGUACUGGUUUUUGGUUGCUUUUAUAUGGUUGUCUUGUAGGUACAGUGUUACGUCAACAGCUUGAAAGAAGUGGAGCUUCAUUUGCGAAAGUCCAUGCUGGAAACAAUGCCAGUCGAGGGAUGAAAAGCCAGCUCAACGGGGUAAGUAUAAUGUUACUUGCUGGCUUUCAUUUCUCUAUGCUUCUUUUUUUCCAGGAGGCUUGCAUAUCUAAUAUUGGGAGUGAGCCUGAUACUUGGGUGGAGAGUUCCAGGUAGAAUAGUCCUGUGGACUCCUGUACAGUUCAGUUUAUGUAAAAAUACUAGGGACAGUGCUGGAGAAGAUUGAUCUUCCUACAUCAGUUCGAAUUGAUCUUUCUUUUCGUUUGGGGGUGGGGGUUUAUGGCUUUGCUGGAAUUAACGAGUAGAAAGCUAUGCUAUGUUGGGGCGGGUUAUGAGAAAGGUUAGGUGUGCUGGGUUUACUAGAAGGGGGAUUCACAGUACAUUUGUUCCUUGAAAUAGUUUUUGUAUACUCGAUUACAGUUAAUGACACCAUUUCAGUCUCUGCGUUUCUUGCUCCG